CAGAGCACUUCUACUCCGCUGAGCUCCUGUGAAAACUGUGUGUGUGUGUGUGUGUGUGAACUCCUCGCGUGUGUGUGUUAAGAAGAGUUUUAUGUGUGUGCAUAGGGGUUGUGUGUUUUUCUAAGUGGAGCUGGAGUGCAGCCGUUCAUCAGUAGAGCUGACUGCAGACACGGGAAUACUCAGAUCUCAGUGCGCCGCUUUUUAACUCACACACCGGCUGCUUUUUGGACUUUUUUUUUUCUUCCAAGACUCACUGGCCUUUCCGCACCAAAGUGGGACUCUGCCGUUGCUCUCUUUCUGCCCUCCAGGCACCAUUCCUGUCACUGGAAUUACUGAAGUUUUCCCCCCCCCCAUUCCUUUCUGAAAAUAAUUUUCUACCUGCCUCACUUAUUAUAUAUCCUCCAAAUUUCUGGACUCUCAAAUUUCUGGACUCACAGCCACUUUUCUGUGCAUUCUCAUUAAAUUCAGACAUGCUCAAGCCUUAGAAUGGGUGCUUUGCAAGCUCAUAACAAGAGCUGAGUGAGCACUCUAUACUGUGAGUAUAUGAUCAAGAGGGUUAGUCUCAUAUGGGAAUAUUUGUUUUCUUUUUUUACUGGAAUGGAAAGACUUUGAGAGGUUAAAUGGGAAUAAGCUGUACAGUAACUAUGGAAAUGGUCAGUGCUAUCAGAGGCAUGUUGGGUUCAGGUGGACGCUGAUUCCGACUCGGAAUGUUCUGAACUCUUCUGGAAUUUGGUUUCCCUGGAAACGGAUGGACAGGUCUCCAUGUGUGACGUUUUUGUCCCAUCUUGGAUGUGAGAGGUGAACUUGGUUGACCUUCAUGAGAGUAUCUGUGAAUCUGCCAACAGAGACUCUUCAGAACCAAGGAGGGCAUUAUAAAGAUUACACCGUAUAUCAAGAACUGGAAAGACAGCCUGUAAGAGAGUGAGGCUGUGCCAAAGCAAACAGCAAGAGGGAGAAUCUGUUUUGGGGUUGCAAAGCUGAGGUGAUUCUGAAUCCUUGACAAACAGGUCCAAGCCCAAACCAGUCCAAAGGCAGGUGGACUGCAUCUAAUCUACAGACAAAAAUUGGGCAUUCAUGCUAAGCGGAAUCUAGGCCGAAAUCCAGCUGAAAACCACAAUAGAUUCACUUCACAGACUCAAACUUUUAAGUUUGUUCUAAGCGUGCCAAGAUGAUGACCAUGAUGAUGAUGAUGGUGGCCAUGAUGGUCACCUGUAGCUCUCUGUUCCUGCUGGGACUGGCCGCUGCCGCACAUGCUUCCUCCGGCACCACUUCCUCCACAUCUUCAUCCUCCUCCUCCUCUUCUUCUUCUUCCUCCUCCUCUUCCUCCUCACCACGCAUGAAGCUCUCAUACAAAGAGUUGCAGCAGUUCCAUGGAGUGCGGCGGUUCGAGCUGGAGCGUUCCUGCUGCUUCAGUGCUCUGCUGUUGGAUGAAGAAAGAGGCCGCCUCUUCGUCGGGGCCAAGAACUUCCUGCUGUCGCUAUCAUUAGACAACAUUGCCAAGCAGGAACACAAGAUCUAUUGGCCCGCUCCCGUCGACUGGAGGGAGGAAUGUAACUGGGCUGGCAAGGAUAUCACUUCUGACUGUGUGAACUAUGUGAAGAUUGUGCACCACUAUAACCGCACCCACCUGUAUGCCUGUGGAACCGGGGCCUUCCACCCUACCUGUGCCUUUGUGGAGGUGGGACACAGGAUGGAGGACCAUGUGUUCAGGAUUGAACCCUCUCAGGUGGAGGAUGGGAAAGGGAAGAGUCCGUAUGAUCCUCGCCACAAUGCUGUAUCUGUACUCGUUGGUGAUGAGCUAUAUGCAGGUGUGGCCACAGACUUAAUGGGACGGGACUUCACAAUCUUUAGAAGCCUGGGGAAACGCCCCUCCAUCCGCACCGAACAGCAUGACUCUCGCUGGCUCAAUGAACCAAAGUUUGUUGGUUCCUUUUGGGUCCCAGAAAGUGAAAACCAGGAUGAUGACAAGGUAUUUUUCUUCUUCCGUGAGACGGCAGUUGAGGCUCAGGGGCUGGGAAAGUCCACCUACUCCCGCAUCGGACAGCUCUGCAGGAAUGACAUGGGCGGUCAGCGAAGUCUGGUGAACAAGUGGACGACAUUCCUCAAGACCCGUCUUAUCUGCUCGGUGCCAGGAGCCGACGGCAGCGACACAUACUUUGACGAGCUGCGCGAUGUGUUCCUGCUGCAGACAAGGGACAGAAAGAACCCUCUGGUCUACACGGUCUUCUCUACUUCCAGCAGUGUAUUUAAAGGCUCAGCUGUGUGUCUCUACUCCAUGAAUGACAUCCGGAGGGCCUUCCUGGGGCCCUUCGCUCACAAAGAGGGGCCCAACUACCAGUGGGUCCCCUUCCAGGGAAAAGUCCCCUAUCCACGCCCAGGAAUGUGUCCCAGCAAGACAUUCGGCAGUUUUGAGUCCACGAAGGGUUUCCCAGAUGAUGUGAUCCAGUUUGCGCGUCACCAUCCUCUGAUGUAUAACCCUGUCUACCCUAUGAGCCGACGGCCCAUCUUCGUCAGAACUAACGUGGACUACAGCUUCACACAGAUUGCUGUGGACAGAGUCAGCGCCGCAGACGGACAGUAUGAUGUCAUGUUUAUAGGCACAGACAAAGGGACAGUACUGAAGGUAAUCAAUGUCCCCAAGGAGAGUUGGAACAACAUGGAGGAGCUUCUACUGGAAGAGCUGGAGGUCUUUAAAGAUGCCUCAUCUAUCAUUGACAUGCAGAUCUCCUCAAAACGGCAACAGCUGUAUCUGGGCUCAGACACAGGCAUUGCCCAGGUUCCACUUCACCGCUGCAGUGUGUAUGGGAAGGCCUGUGCUGAGUGCUGCCUGGCCAGAGACCCAUACUGUGCCUGGGAUGGAACAUCCUGUACUCGCUACCUGCCAAACACCAAGAGACGUUUCCGUCGCCAGGAUGUAAGGAACGGAGACCCCAACACCCUGUGCUCUGGAGACCACCAUAAGCACCGUGUUGCAGAGAGGAAAUUGUAUGGAGUUGAAGGAAGCAGCACUUUCUUGGAGUGUAUCCCCAAAUCCCUUCAGGCCAGAGUGACCUGGACCUUCCAGAAACAUCCACAAAACCCACGGGAAGAGGUGCAUCUAGAUGACCGCAUACUCCAGACAGAUAGAGGCCUUCUGAUUCGCCGUGUCCUGAAGAGAGAUAUCGGCAUCUACCAGUGCCACGCCAUGGAACACGGCUUCACCCAAACCUUACUAGGCAUCACUUUAGAAGUUGUACCUUCAACAUCCUCCUCAGUCUCCAAUCUACCCUCCGACGCCCCUGUCCGAUUAGACCCGCGCAGUGGAGGUGGACCCCCAAUGACCAAUCAAAAGCUUUGGUACCGGGACUUCAUGCAGCUUGUGGACCACCCUAACCUCAGCACCGUUGACCAGAUUUGCGAGCAAGUUUGGGCACGAAAGAACGCCGGCAGUGACCAAGGGGAUAAGACCUUUCCUGCUCCAGGGAAGGACGUCCCGUCUCUGGGCCCUGCAGUUCGCCCAGCUAACAAGAAGUGGAAGCAUCUUCAGGAGAUAAGGAAGGGGAGAAACCGCCGGACCCACGACGGGAAACCGAACCCUCGGGCGCCUCGCAGCGCAGGGGAGUAACAACGUAAACAAAGAAAUGGAGGGGUAAAAGAAUGACUGAUACAAGGAGAAAGAAGGGGAAUGAUGAGAGACUGAGAGACCAAGAACUCCUGGAGGUGGUGUUCAAACAUACAGAUACACGCACGCACACACACACACACACACACACACACACACACACACACACACACACACACACACACACACACACACACACACACACACACACACACAGCACCUCCUCUAUUGUGUAUAUUUAUCUAUGGAUGCCCCCACUAUAUGGUACCCCAAUCCCUGAGUCCUCGUCCCACUGGCCAGCCCCUGCAUGUGUUGCCUUACUGUCCAAAUUGAUUCUGCACGAUCCCUUUACACUGUUCCACUAGCAUAGUCAAGUGUACAAGCAGGUACGUGGAGUGAACCCACCUUUAUCUGUGGGCGAUAAACUUAUAUCAACUGUCAUUCCCUUUGCCAUUGACUGUAUAUGGAAAAUGGGUUCACCGCACAGGAUUACCACAUCUUUUGUUGGGUAAUUAAUGUUUGCCUACUACGUGCCAGCUACACAUGUUAUGUGUGGUUAGUGACUCACAGUAUGAACACCUACUCUCUGGACUACACCACUCAGAACAAAAACAGCCCCAAAGUUUUGGAUGACCUUUCCUCACGGCUUUUCUUACCUGAAGAUUUCAUAACAAUGUAGAAAAAUGAUGGGUGUAAUUGCUGCGCAUAAUGAGAGGGAAUGGAGAAACUGGAAUAUACUGGAAAGUAAUGGUCACCUACCUGUGUCAUGACAUGCUCAAUGCACCCUUCUGCUCAGAUGCAUUUAAACCUAACAACCCAAGGCACUUUUUUUUUAUCUCUAAAUGGAAACACAUUUAACUCUUUAUGUGCGAUUGCACAAGCAUGCAGACAAAUAAACACAUUGUUAAAACAUUUUUCCUACAGAAACCGAUACAUUGAUCAACUUCAGGUGGUGAUCUCGUUGCACAUAUUUCCAGUAACCUCACUUUUCACAUGGUUGUGUGUUAUUAUUAUUAUUACAUAAUGUCACAGACGAGGUAGAGACUGCCAGCAGCGUGGGGCAGCCUGUGGAGCAGAACCGCAUGUUGCAAAACUGGCAAUAUUAUAUAGUAGUUUUUGUGGUUAGUGGUUUCCGUAGGCACAUUAAGACAUGUUGCAGCGAAAUAAAUCACACAUUACAUAUGUAGCGCUGCGGUUAGAGAGCAGUCGUAUCUUGCAAGAUAUGAUUAUAUUGCUUUACUGGUCCAAACCACUAGAGAAUAAGGGGUGGAAAAACUACUGGCAUUCCAUGAUGUGAGAGAAAGAUGAGAUGUUUACAGUGUACAGACAUAUAAGUCAAUCUCCAAAAGCAAAUACAACUCCAAAUAAGACCAGGAUUACAUCUAAACAAGUGUUAGUUAUGUGGGAUCUUUAACAUACACAAAUAUUAUAAUAAGCAUCGGAGCUGCACAUAAAAGCGUUUUGACAUGAUCAAAAACCUCACACUAAAAUUUGCUAUUUAUUGGGUUUUAUUUUUGGCUGUGUUUAAUGUUUUAUGCAUUAACAUUAAGGAGAAUUAAUGAACAUGGUGGUUUGGGUGGGAAGCAUUAGUACGAUGAGGAUGAAGAGGGAAGUGGACUCUAGUAUGACAACCCAUGUUUCUGGGCUACAGUACAGUAUAUAUAUAUUAGCAUGAUAUUUAUGAGUGAAGCUAUGAUUUUGUUUUUGUAUUCUAAGCGGUAAUUCUACUCCUUGCUCUUUUACACUGUUCUUGCAUAUGUUGUUCGUGAUAGAUAUAUGCAAAUAAUAUGAGAUGAGCGAGUUGCCGACUCCUCAGUCAGCACGGCAAAAUGCAACUGUUCUGUGCCACCCACAAUGCAUUUCACCUGCAAAAAAACAAGUUCCAUUUGACUUCAUACACUGUUGGAAUAACUUCUCAACGUAGUGUUACAGUCGUUAAUAUCAUUGACUUUUGCUGCUUAAUGAUGUCAUCUCUUCCUAAUGGACAAUUAGUACGAUAAGGUCUUCCUUCUCUCUGUCUUUAGUCCAAUCUAUCUCUGUGUAUUAUCUGUAAAGAAACCUUGUUUGUUGAUUGUCUGUGCUAACAUGGUGUGUGUAGCCUGCCCCCUUAGUGUUGAUUGUGUGUAAAGGCUCGGAUUUGAAGCCUACCUGUGGUACCAUACUUUAUUAUAUCAUAGUCUAUCCACAUGAAAGACAGCAACUGGCCAUGUAAGAUAAAACAUGCAUUUAUGUUUUGCAUUCAUGAUUUUUAUGAUGAAUUUAUGAUCUACUUUGUGUUGCUGCCACAGAUUUCACGGAAGUAUCCUGUUUUUAAAGAGUUUCAGUAUACUGAAAUUGGCUAAAUUUGGCUGUUGGUGUGUUUCAUUCUCACAGUCCCUGAUAAAAGGAGGCAGCACAAACUAGGUCUGUGAGUGGUUUUAGAUGUAUGGAAUUCUUGUCCUUAUUUAUAUACCUUCUUUAUAGAGAUGUAAGUAACUCUUAAAACAGAACUGACUGACUCCUGUAAAAGGGACACUCUGCAUUUUGACACCACAUCCAGGAUUAACUGCAAAAAAAUGACAUGGAAAAAUAUUUUUAAAAUGAGUUUUAGAUGUAGAUGCUGCCUGUCUGUAGGCGAGAUAAAUCAUUUACAUUGGUAGUGAUGUCAAAUUUGCUCGAGUCUCUCUCUUAAGCCAGCUGUUUUGUGCUCUUUUGAAAUUGCAUGACCAAUGUUAGUGGCUAACGCGUUUGACAAUGGUGCGGUGGCAAGACAGAGCGAGAGAAAGAAAGCACAAUGUUGAAUAUUAUUAUUAUUCCUAUGUAUUUAUGUGCAAAAAUAAGCUGAUAUGUCGUGGUGGAUUUUUAUUUUUCUUGUAAAUGUAGAGUUACAUCUGUAUUGUUCAUGUUCUGCUGAAAAGGACUCAUCCUCAACAUUUUUGUGGACAUUACAGCCAAUGGUAAACAAAAAAAAACUCCUCCUGAACAGUGUCCAAUUAGAGUCUUUGUUGUUCACACAGCCCUCCAAUCAUCACUCCUGUUGUAUCCCAUGCCAUGUGACGCACCCAUAUAUGAUAACUCACAAGGAGAGGCUUGUGCGUUUGUGUGUGUGUGUGUGUGUGUGUGUGUGUGUGUGUGUGUGUGUGUGUGUGUGUGUGUGAGUUUUGGGGGAAAGCAGAGCUCUGUAUAUAAUGGCAAAGGAACAGUGGUGUGUGCGUAGAGUGGUCUGUAGGUGAAAGGUCGAAGGCCAAAGUUAACGUUGUGCACUGUAAUACUCCCAGAGGUCUUUGUGAAUUGUCAUGUCAGAUUGUUUUUGAUUAACACAAUAAAAAUAUGCAGUUACUUAAAAAUCGAAA